UUAAGCAGAUCUGUCAACAGCAAGGCUAUGAAUUUCAAAUAGUUUGUGACAGUAUAUGUGGAAUCCAGAAUGAGGUCAUCACUGAUCAGAUGACCCAAGAAAUAUAUCAUCAGGAAGUGACAGAAAAGUUGCCCCUUGAUCUGAAUUUUAUGUUGUUAUUUUCACCAAGUUGUGGAAAACCAUCAUUACCAAGACACAUCCCAGAAAAAGAGUUUGAACUCAUACAAGAUAAGUUCGAGUCAUGUAAAUGCAAGCAGCUCUUGUCCAAAUGGUAUAUAAAGGAUGAGAACUCUGUUCCACCAAAAUACAUCCUUCAGCCGAUUGCCACUCACCUCUCAGAGGUCCUUUCACAGGAUGGUAGCAAAAAGAUGGCAGCAACACAGCAAUGGAAAAAAGAAAGUGAAUCCUUGUUGGAAGAAUUGCUGUCUGCUGCAGAGAAAGCCUUGUCACAAGAAGAAGCAAAUAGAUUAAAAUUAUCGGAUUCAUUUAGAAAUGAAAAGUUGAAAACAUCAAUAACAGAUUUACUGAAAGAUCUGACGACAGAGUUAGCAAAACAACUUCCCGCUGGUAACAUUUUAUCAUAUGACACUACAAAACAUGAAAAAGGGGUUAAUCCAGCAAACAAAGUCCAAAUGGUUGAUAAAAUGGUAAAAGGUGUGGAAAGAAAACUGAAGCAGAUGAUCAAUGAAGCUAUCAAGAAAAGACAAUUGUAUUCAAUUAAAAGCCCUCUGUAUGAUGAAUCUUUACAACACCUUUUGUACUGUCAGUCAAAGUAUAAAAAUUUCCAAGGCAAUGAAGAUGUUAUAGAAAGAAUGCGAAAAUAUGUUCUAGAUACAUCAAAGAACAAAUUUAAGUACAGAAUUAUCCAUGGAGCAUCUGGUAGUGGCAAAACAUUUGUGAUGUCAAUGAUAGCAGCAAAGGCAUCAGAAUGGUGGACGAAGAAAAAGAGAGGAAAUAUUCCUGUUAUUAUGAGGUUUGUACGACUGACCCCAGGGAGCUCAAAUCUGUUGGACUUACUACAAAGCAUUAUUGACCAAAUUAGAACCAUUGAUGACCGUGAGCAGCAGGUUCCUCCUAAGGGAUUUAAAGAGAUUAUUGCUGACUUUGAACACACUCUAAAUUCAACAACAAAGACUAUGGUCAUACUGAUAGAUGGUGUAGAUCAACUAGAUCCAGGGUUUAAUUUGACAAAAUCCAAAUUUUGGAUUCCACAGUCAAUCAGAUCCAAUGUUAGGUUCAUCCUAUCAACAACAGAUAAUCCAGAUAAUGAAUUCUUUUCAAUAUUAAAGGAGAAACUUCCAGAGAAGUGUUUUAUUCCUGUGAUAAGUACCAAAACUGACUUAACAUCAAUUCUGAAUCAUUCACUGAUGAAAAAUGAACGGAAACUUACAACCUCUCAACAGGAUCUGCUGAUGAACCCCUUCAAUGAUGGCUGUGUUCCUCUUCAUCUUAAUCUAUGUAUCUCAGAAGCUUUAAAGUGGACAUCAUACAUGGAUAUGUCAAAUAUACAGAUAAAGGAGACUAUCAGGGAUGCAAUCCACUGUUUAUUUGACAAAUUAGAAGUGUCUCAUGGACAAAUAUUUACGUCCAGGGCUUUAGGAUAUCUAACUGCAUCAAAGAAAGGUUUGUCUCAGGCAGAACUAGAAGAUAUUUUGUCAUGUGACUAUGCCGUUUUGAAUGAAGUUUUUGUGGAAAAGAAUUUAGCUGUACAGAGAUUUCCUUCAUUACUGCUUAUUAGAUUAUUGUGUGAAAUGGAACAGUUUACAGUUGUCAGAGAGGUAGAGGGAGCUAUGGUAACCACUUGGUGUAACAAAAUGGUUAAAGAUAUGGCAGAAGAACGAUAUUGUAGUGACCAAACAAGUUUACAUGCCAGUUUGUCAGAUUAUUUUAGUGGAACAAUGGCAUAUGAUCACAAGAAGCCAUUUGUAAACAGGAAUGAUGGGAAAGAACCAACAGACAGAUAUGUAGCAUCUCAGCCAAUCAAAUAUGGUAGCACCUACAAUGGACGAAAACUGGGCAACCUACCAUAUCAUCUUAUUAUGAAUGGGAACAUUUCUUGUUUGAAAGAAGAAUGCCUGCUGAAUGUAGAAUUUCUCACAUCAAAACUUGAUUAUUCCUCUUUCAGAUCUGUACAGGAAGAUUUUGAAUUGGCCAGAAGACAAACUGAUGACAGACAGAUUGAUUUGGUAUUUGAAGCUUUACUGCUGUCACAAAAGGCGUUGGAGAUUAAUCCAAAACUUUUCGUACAACAGAUGUACUUAAGACUUGCAGACGUUAAGGUAAGUCCAGGAUAA